UUCAGCACUUUAUUUUAAAAGAAAAAAUCACCAACUCUUUCUCUUGUUCUCUCUGUCUCUUUGGUGCGACUGUUUCAUUUGCAAAGUUCUUUUUUUUUUUUUUUAAUCUUUUCCUUUUAAAAUCAUAUCCUAGAAAAGAUUUUGAUCACCACCAUCAUGGCUAUGGUGGUGCUUACGGCUCUGCUAGUGGUAUUCCUAAGUUUGUUUAUGACAGUUGCUUAUAACACUCUCUCAUGCUAUUGGUUAACUCCAAGACGCAUCAAGAAAUUCAUGGAGAGGCAAGGAGUGCGUGGUCCGAAACCAAGACUUUUCAUCGGCAACAUGUUGGAAUUGGCUGCUAUGGUUUCCAAAUCCACAUCCCAUGACAUGAACACAAUCAGCCAUGACAUAGUUGGUCGUCUUCUUCCUCAUUUUGUUGCCUGGUCCAAACAAUAUGGGAAAAGGUUUAUAUAUUGGCACGGCAUAAUCGAACCAAGGAUGUGUCUGACAGAGAUAGAAUUGAUAAAAGAACUCUUGUUUAAGCACAGCAGCAUAUCCGGUAAAUCAUGGCUGCAACAAGAAGGGUGUAAACAUUUUAUAGGCCGCGGAUUGUUAAUGGCAAACGGCAAAGAUUGGCACCACCAGCGUCAUAUUGUUGCCCCUGCAUUUAUGGGAGACAAACUCAAGAGCUAUGCGGGAUACAUGGUGGAAUGCACUACAGAGAUGCUCCAAUCACUGAAAAAGGAGGUAGAAUUGGGAAGAACCGAGUUCGAAAUAGGCGAGUACAUGACCAGACUCACCGCCGAUAUCAUAUCCCGAACAGAGUUCGACAGCUGCUACGAAAAGGGGAAGAAAAUAUUCAAUCUUCUUACCGAUUUGCAGCAUCAAUGUGCCAAAGCAAGUCGAUAUUUUUGCUUUCCCGGAAGCCGGUUCCUUCCGAGCAAAUAUAACAUUGAAAUAAAGAAAAUGAAAGUACAAGUGGAGAAACUGUUAAUGGAGAUAAUACAGAGCAGAAAAGAUUGUGCAGAGGUAGGAAGAAGCAGCUCAUAUGGCAAUGAUCUACUAGGCAUGCUUUUAAAUGAAAUGAAAGAGAAAAAAGAAAAUGGGUUCAGCUUAAAUUUGCAGCUAAUAAUGGAUGAAUGUAAAACAUUCUUCUUUGCUGGACAUGAAACGACAGCGCUUUUGCUCACCUGGACUGUAAUGUUACUUGCUAGCAAUCCCUCAUGGCAAGAAAAGGUUAGAGCAGAGGUUAAGCAGGUCUGCAAUGGACAAACUCCUUCAGUUGAUCAUCUUUCCAAGUUCACCUUGUUAAAUAUGGUAAUAAACGAAUCAAUGAGGCUAUAUCCACCGGCUAGUGUUCUGCCUAGAAUGGCCUUUGAAGAUAUCAAAUUAGGUGACCUCCACAUCCCCAAGGGCCUAUCAAUUUGGAUCCCAGUGCUUGCAAUUCAUCAUAGUGAAGAAUUAUGGGGAAAAGAUGCUAAUGAGUUUAACCCGGACAGGUUUGCAUCCAAAUCAUUCGUUCCCGGCCGGUUCAUCCCUUUCGCCGCCGGUCCACGAAAUUGUGUUGGUCAAUCUUUUGCCAUGAUGGAAGCCAAAAUCAUAUUGGCCAUGUUGAUCUCCCGGUUCAGCUUCAACAUUUCUGACAAUUAUCGCCAUGCCCCGGUCCUUGUUCUUACUAUCAAACCAAAAUAUGGGGUUCAAGUAUGUUUGAGGUCCAUAGAGGCUUAAAGUAGAAUGAGCACAGAGGAUUUUUGAGCUCUUAUAGAGUUGGUGAUUUUUGAGAGAGGGAGAAAUUGGGGAGUUUUGGUAAAUUUAAUUACCUUUACUAAUUGUUGUUAAUUUUUUUUAUUAAAUUAUAUUAUAUAUAGUGAAGAGAUAGGGAUGGAAAUGGUGCUUUGUAAGGAUUAAACAAAAGGAAUAAAUAUUAUUAAUAAAAAGUGAAUGCAACACAGUUUUUUUUUUUUCUAAAAC